AGGCAAACAGCUUUCUGGCAUGAGUCUCUUGCGAAAUGUGACAUAGACAAGAUGAAUAAAAAGCAGUUGGACAGACAAGAAGCCAUUUUUGAAUUGUUUAAAAGUGAAGUGGAUUUGAUUGAAGACCUUCAAAUGAUUUGCAACACUUACAGAGAGUCAAUGAGAAAACUGAAUCUUUUGAACGAGGAUGAACUGACUAUUAUUUUUGGGGAGAUUGAUUCCCUACUGCCAAUCCAUCGCGAAUUAGCUGCAAAAUUAGUUGAGCAGCGUCUGUCGGAUGGUCGAACUGAAUUCGUUGGGGAUAUACUGCUUACUUGGAUACCUAAACUAAUCAUUUAUGUUCUCUACUGCACCAACCUAAUUCACUCAAAAGAUUUGCUGGACUGUAAAACAAAAGAAAAUGAAUCUCUGAGAGAUUUUCUCAACAGAUGUCUCAAUUCUCCAUUCAGCAGGAAAUUAGAUUUGUGGACAUUUCUAGACAUACCAAGAAGUCGUCUUGUAAAAUAUCCUCUCAUGUUCAAAACCAUCCACAAGUAUACAGACACUGAUCACGAUGAUUACAAUUUGCUUCUAGAAUCAAUAGACCUGGUGGAGGAAGUCAUCAAAGAUGUUGACUACAAUACAGGAUUAGCUAGGUGCAAAUACAUUGUUGACAAGUUGGAGUAUGAAGACUUGAAACAAGUCACAGAGCUGAUUUCAGAGUCUUCAUUCAUUCUGUGUGAUGGUAUAUUGAAGAACAGAAGGGGCAUAAAGUUACAUGUAUUUUUAUUUGACAAGGUUAUGGUCCUAACAAGGCCUGUAACAGCCAAAAAUAAUGUGAUCAAGUACAGAGUUUAUAGGAAGCCAGUUGCUAUGAACAAAUUAUUUCUC